AUGUUUGUUGCUGAGAGUAAAUCUGAGAUUGUAGAAGUACCUAAAACCGAACCAAAUUUCGUAACCAAAGUGCUUGUUAAAACAUCGAAAAAGACGGAAAAAGUCAAGAAGUCGAGUAUUCGUCCUCCCGCGAAAAAAUUUUCGCUUUCGAAUAAGUCGGCUGUUCUUUCGGAAAUGAAGGAACGCGCUGCCGAAUUCGAUAAACGAUGCCUCUACAUCUCACCCAUUCCUCCGAAUUGUACUUAUGCAAUGAUCAAGAAGUUCAUUCCUAAGGUUCUGACCUGCCAGUUUUUUACCAGACCUAAUUCCAACCAGCUUCGAACAUAUGCCUUUUUGGAGUUUGCUGACGCUGAAACGGCCAAGAAGGAGCGCCUUUCCAUUAUGGGUCGACUUUUUGCGGGGAAAUCCAUGCGAGCUGAACUUCGCUCUGGAUUGAAUACUUUUGCCGACAAAUCUGUUUCUGAUAUUGAUUUUUCACGUAUUCUUGUAACCGGCCUGACACCAGAUGUCUUUAUAGCGGACCUAGAAAUUAUUUUUCCCUCAGCGAAAAGUAUUACACUUCCACGUCAUGCGACCGUAAAGUUUGUCUCCGACGCCGUUGCUCUCGAUGCCUUCUCCCAGGCCCAUCGUUUUCCCCUCAAAUUCAACCCUAUCACUGUGAAUUUCGCCUUCAAAGAACCCUCCGACAAGAAUAAGCCCGUUUCAGCCACGCCAUCAGCUGCAAUUUUAGCUCCUUCAAGUGCAUCGUCUAAGUCCAAAGAUCCUUCCUCCACCACUCAGCCACGUGCUGAGAGAAUUGGAAAAGUCCUCGUUCAGCAGCUGAAUGGUGUUUCUGAGACGAGAUCUGGAAAGAAGGUGGAUGAGAAGAAGCCCGCUUUUGGUCUGAUGGAAUUGAUCAAGAGCAAAAAGAGAAUGGUUGAGGACAAAGGCGAUGAUUCUAGUGAUAGCGAGGAUGACGAUGAAAGUUGUGAUGAGAAUGAGAAUACAGACGAUGAAUCCUCCGAAGAGGUCGAAGAUAAUGAGGAAGACGGUGGGUUUUUUCUCUCCAUUGUCUAUUUGAAUACAAUAAUUAUUUCAUGA